UGCUUUCCAAAGCUAGAAAUCUGCAAGCUUUUCCUUUAUGGACUACAGAUCCCAGAAUCCCCAGCCUACGGAGUUUCAAAACAUGUUAUUUCCAGGAUUUGUUUCUCCUUUUACAGGCACCACAAAAGACCCCCCAAGGAGACGUCUUGAAAGGGUCACCCAAAAGGGAGGCCACGAAGGAGAGGCUUCCCAGCCGCUGGCAGGCAGGCGAGCACCGGGAGACGGACAGGUGCUGUCGGCAACAUGACCACUGCCACCACGUCAUCCACCCCUUCACCUACAAGUACGGCUACCGGAACUACCGCUGGCACACCAUCAGCCACUGUGACUGCGACAACCAGUUAAAAGCCUGCUUGAGGGCUGUGAAUGACACGGCCUCCCGGGUGGUGGGCCAGGCCUUCUUCAACGUCAUCCAGGUGCCCUGCUUCAAGUUCAUCUACAAAGAGCAGUGCGUGGAGCCUUACCUUUACAUGUGGUGCAAAAACUACAGUAUGGUGGCAGUUGCUGUCCCCCAAGAACCGGUGCUGUAUGAAUAUGGUGGAGAAGUCAUAGAUGGGCCAGCGACACGCCGGACAACGGUGGCAACACCCUCUUCCACUGCGAUGCCACCGGACGGCAGCCUCCACCCACCAAAACCGGGGCAGCCUGCCACGGCAGCCACGGAGACCCCUGGCUUCCCGGCGAGGACAGAUCUCUCACCAAAGAAAGGCUGGAAAGGAAAAGACCGGAAAGGCAAAAGGAAGGGGAAGGGGCGGAAAAGCAGGAAGGGCAAGGGGCUGAAGAAGAAAACGGGGGAGAAGGCCAAGGUGUCGCCUGGCGAAGAAACCACCGCCUCGCCCAAACGCCUGGCGGCCCACGAAGUGGGCAAGACGGACUUGGAGGCCCUGGCUGGAUUUCCAGAUCUGAGAGAGGAGGAUCCCUUCAAUGCGAUCCUCAGCGACGACCCCGGAGGAGGAACUCACCUGCGAGCGACCAAAGACAACGAUGACGACGCCGAGGCCGAGAGCAAAGCAGCGGGCCGUGGAAGAGCCACCCCUGGGCCCCGGACCCCUGCCGCGCCUGCCAGGAGGCAGCGGAAAGGCAGGAGGCAGCGGAAGAAGGCGCGGGGGGACUCUGCACCCAGCUGAGACUCGGGGAGGGGUGGGGAGAGCGGGAUGGCUUCUACUGUGGGCUGCUUGGAGCCACGUAAUAAACCAGCAAAGCACAGGCAACCCAAAGAUUUUCCUAAAUAAACUAUUUUGUGCCCUAAAUCUAUCAGCAAUUCCACCAGGACAGGUGGGAGGGUGGAUGCAUCCGGCUGGAAGGGAAAUCUGGAACAGCAAGCGGAUCGUUAAAGCACCAAUUCUGCCAAGCCGCUCCAAGGAGCGCAACCCCCUGGUGUUAAAAUACCCCUGUUCAGGCAGGCCAUCUUUACUUCCAUGUUAAAAUAUACAUUAAAAAAAAGUAGAUCACAUUCUGCUAAACUAUGCCAAGGAGCACAGGGUCUGCUGUGGCCUCGUACAGCUUAAUCGGUUUUCGACAGAUCCAGAGAUCCCCCGCGUUCAGGCCCCCCAAUUUUUAAAU